AUGUGUGGAGUUGCUUUUAAUGUAGCAAAUGCAAGAGCUUUUAAGUUGAUGUUGGAAGCCGUUGGGAGCUAUGGUCCUCAUUUGAAGCCGCCAAGUUAUCAUGAACUUAGGGUUCCACUUCUUAAAAAUGAGUUGGAAUAUACGAAAGGUUUGUUGAAGAACCAAGAGGUGCAAAGAAACAAAUACGGUUGUUCAAUUAUGUUGGAUGGUUGGACGGAUAGAAAAGGUAGAACAUUGAUCAAUUUCUUGGUCAAUUGCUCGACGGGGACCAUGUUUGUGAAGAGUGUGGAUGCUUCUGACUAUGCAAAGACGGGGGAAAAGCUAGCCGAGUUGUUGGACACAUUUGUUGAGGAAAUGGGUGAAAAAAAUGUUGUCCAAUUGAUCACCGAUAAUGGAAGUAACUAUGUAGCGGCGGGUAAAGUAUUGUGUGAAAGGAGGAAACACUUGUUUUGGACUCCAUGUGCUGCCCAUUGUAUAGACCUUAUGUUAGAAGACAUAGGCAAAAUUCCAAAGGUGAAAAAGGUUAUACAAAAAGGGAUUAAGGUUGUGGGCUACAUUUAUAAUCAUACUUUUGCUUUGAAUUUAAUGAGAAAGACUACCGGCAAUGUUGAAUUGGUUAAACAAGGAGUGACAAGGUUUGCUACCCAUUUCCUUUGCCUACAAAGAAUGCAAGAACUAAGAGGAAAGCUUAGAGAGAUGUUCCUUUGUGAAGAAUGGACAAGUUCCAAGUGUGCCAAAGAUGCUAAAGGAAAAGGGGCAGCUACUACUAUUCUUAAUGUAUCAUUUUGGAAUGAUGUUCUCUACACUCUUAAGUGCAUGGCGCCUCUUGUAGAUGUGCUAAGAAUGGUUGACAAUGAAAGGAAACCUGCAAUGGGAUACAUAUAUGCCGCAAUGGGGGUAGCGAAGGAAUCGAUUGAAAAAGCUUUCAGUUUAAAUUCAAGCAAGUACAAAGCCGUUUUUGAAAUCAUUGAUAAAAGAUGGGAGUGUCAACUUCAUCAUCCGCUACAUGCUACAGGUAACUAUCUCAAUCCUGAAUAUUAUUUUUCUAAACCAGAAAUUGAGUCCGAUGCUAGAUUGGUGAAAGGCCUCCGUAGGUGCAUUGAGAGACUUAGUGAAAGUGAAGAUGUGGAGGAUAUGAUUUCAGUAGAAUUGGCACAAUAUCGGAGUGCUUCAGGUCUCUUUGGUAUAAAAGCGGCAAUGAGACAAAGGUCGACAUUAGCUCCAGCUGAGUGGUGGAAGUCUUAUGGAGCCGAAACUCCGCAUUUGCAAUUGUUGGCUAUUAAAGUGUUGAGUUUGAGUUGCAGUGCUUCCAGAUGUGAGCGUAACUGGAGCAUCUUUGAGCAUAUUCAUUCCAAGAAGAGAAAUAAAUUGGAACAUCAAAAAUUGCAAGACUUGGUGUUUAUCAAGUAUAAUCAAGCUUUGGUAGAGAGGUUUGAAAUUCGAGAUAAAAUUGAUCCUAUGGAAUUUAGCGAAAUUAAUUUCCACACCGAAUGGUUGGUGGGAGAGAUGGAAAAGGAGGUCAAUGGCACGCCCACAAACAUCAAGGCCACCAAGAGCAACAAUUGCACCAAGAGCAACAAUUGCACAACAAGUGGUGGUAGAAGAGGUUGA